AAGUCUCGCGAGAUUUUGCCGCUUCUCCCCCUCCCCGCGUCAUGUUUCCUCUUCUCUGACAAGCCACCACCGCCGCAGGAAGAGGAGGCGGAGGGGAAGGGCCGCCGCCGCCGCCGCCGCCGCCGCCCACGCAGUAUCCCGGGACGAGACGGGCCGCCGCGCAUCCCGCCAGCCUCGCCCGGAGCGGACCUCGGACUAAUGGCAGAUGAAUAAACGAACAUGGCAGCCAUGGUUCCACCAGUGAAGCUGAAAUGGCUUGAACAUCUAAACAGCUGUUGGAUCACAGAAGAUAGUGAAUCUAUUGCUACAAGGGAGGGAGUCUCCAUCUUGUAUGCUAAAUUAGUUAGUAAUAAGGAAGUAGUACCAUUGCCUCAACAGGUUCUCUGUCUCAAAGGACCUCAGCUACCAGAUUUUGAACGGGAGUCCUUAUCAAGUGAUGAGCAGGACCACUACUUGGAUGCCCUUCUCAGCAGCCAGCUGGCUCUGGCUAAGAUGGUGUGCUCAGACUCUCCGUUUGCUGGAGCACUUCGCAAACGUUUGCUUGUGUUACAGCGCAUCUUUUAUGCACUUUCUAAUAAAUACCACGAUAAAGGCAAGGUGAAACAGCAGCAGCAUUCUCCAGAAAGCAGUUCUGGAUCAACAGACAUCCAUUCUGUCAGCGAGCGGCCGAGGUCGAGUACAGAUGCACUUAUAGAAAUGGGGGUCCGGACUGGACUGAGCCUGCUGUUUGCACUGCUCCGGCAAAGCUGGAUGAUGCCUGCUUCAGGACCUGGGAUUAGCCUUUGCAAUGACGUCAUCCACACUGCAAUAGAGGUUGUGAGUUCUUUACCGCCAUUAUCUCUUGCUAAUGAAAGUAAAAUCCCACCAAUGGGACUGGACUGCCUGUCUCAGGUAACAUCGUUUCUUAAAGGAGUAACAAUUCCUAACUCUGGAGCAGAUACUCUGGGCCGAAGGCUGGCUUCUGAGUUGCUGCUUGGCUUGGCUGCUCAGCGUGGUUCACUGCGGUACCUCCUGGAAUGGAUUGAGAUGGCACUGAGUGCGUCAGCGGUGGUCAACGCAAUGGAGAAGAACAAGACGCUGCAGACUCAGGAGGGGAUGAUCAGUUUUGAUUGUUUCAUGAACAUAUUAAUGCAAAUGAGGCGGUCACUGGGCUCGUCUGCUGAUCGAAGUCAGUGGAGGGAACCGACAAGGACAUCUGAAGGUUUAUGCUCCCUUUACGAGGCAGCGUUGUGCCUCUUUGAGGAGGUUUGUCGCAUGGCUUCAGACUACUCUAGGACAUGUGCCAGUCCAGACAGCAUUCAGACUGGUGAUGCCCCUGUUGUUUCCGAGACCUGCGAAGUGUAUGUUUGGGGCAGUAAUAGCAGCCACCAACUUGUGGAAGGAACACAAGAGAAAAUUCUUCAGCCCAAGCUGGCUCCAAGUUUUUCUGAUGCUCAGACAAUUGAAGCUGGCCAGUACUGUACAUUUGUAAUAUCUACAGAUGGCUCCGUUCGGGCUUGUGGCAAAGGCAGUUACGGCAGGCUGGGACUGGGCGAUUCCAACAAUCAGUCUACUCUAAAAAAGCUGACGUUUGAGCCUCACAGAUCUAUCAAAAAGGUGUCGUCAUCUAAAGGUUCUGAUGGCCAUACGCUGGCAUUCACAACAGAAGGAGAGGUCUUCAGCUGGGGUGAUGGUGACUAUGGAAAGCUGGGCCAUGGAAAUAGCUCCACACAGAAAUACCCAAAACUUAUCCAGGGGCCUUUGCAAGGAAAGGUAGUGGUGUGCGUGUCAGCCGGAUAUAGACACAGUGCUGCUGUUACAGAAGAUGGUGAAUUAUACACAUGGGGAGAAGGGGACUUUGGUAGACUAGGUCAUGGUGACAGCAACAGCCGUAACAUUCCAACUUUAGUAAAAGAUAUUAGCAACGUAGGAGAAGUCUCUUGUGGCAGCUCGCAUACCAUUGCUUUAUCCAAAGAUGGGCGAACUGUUUGGUCAUUUGGAGGAGGAGAUAAUGGCAAACUUGGUCAUGGGGACACCAACAGAGUAUAUAAACCUAAAGUUAUAGAAGCCCUACAAGGAAUGUUCAUACGGAAAGUUUGUGCUGGAAGUCAAUCUUCACUUGCUCUAACUUCAACAGGGCAGGUGUAUGCUUGGGGCUGUGGUGCGUGUCUAGGAUGUGGGUCUUCAGAAGCUACAGCGCUCAGGCCCAAGUUGAUUGAAGAGCUAGCUGCUACGCGGAUAGUGGAUAUUUCAAUUGGGGACAGCCACUGUCUGGCACUUUCUCAUGAUAAUGAAGUUUAUGCUUGGGGCAACAAUUCCAUGGGACAGUGUGGCCAAGGAAACUCCACAGGUCCCAUUACAAAGCCAAAGAAAGUGAGUGGUUUAGAUGGAGUAGCAAUUCAGCAGAUUUCUGCUGGAACAUCCCAUAGUCUUGCGUGGACAGCCCUUCCUAGAGAUAGACAAGUUGUUGCCUGGCAUAGGCCCUACUGUGUUGAUCUUGAAGAAAGUACCUUCUCUCAUCUCCGUUCUUUCCUUGAGCAGUAUUGUGACAAAAUUAACAGUGAGAUUCCUCCUCUUCCUUUCCCAUCCUCGAGGGAGCAUCACAAUUUCCUGAAGCUAUGUCUGAAGUUGCUCUCUAACCACCUAGCUCUUGCAUUAGCUGGCGGAGUAGCGACAAGCAUUCUUGGAAGGCAGGCUGGCCCUCUUCGGAAUUUAUUAUUUAGAUUGAUGGACUCUUCUGUUCCAGAUGAAAUACAGGAGGUUGUAAUCGAGACUCUGUCAGUUGGAGCAACAAUGCUGCUGCCUCCCUUGAGAGAGAGAAUGGAAUUGCUGCAUUCGCUUUUGCCCCAAGGUCCUGACAGAUGGGAGAGCCUGUCAAAAGGGCAGAGAAUGCAGUUGGAUAUUAUUCUGACGAGUUUGCAGGACCAUACUCAUGUGGCCUCCUUGCUUGGCUAUAGCUCACCAUCUGAUGCUACAGAUGUUUCCUCACUAUGUAUUGCCUAUGGGAAUAUCUCUGAUCCAACAUAUGAUGCCCAGAGUAACCAUCCAGACACUCAUCUGGCUGAAAUUUUAAUGAAGACUCUUCUGCGAAAUUUAGGAUUUUAUACGGAUCAAGCAUUUGGAGAGCUGGAGAAGAACAGUGACAAAUUUUUGCUUGGAACAUCAUCAUCGGAAAACAGCCAGCCCGCUCAUCUUCAUGAGCUGUUGUGUUCCCUGCAGAAACAACUUCUGGCAUAUUGUCACAUCAACAGUGUUAGUGAGAACUCAAGUAGUGUGGCGCUUCUGCACAAGCACCUUCAGCUUCUGCUGCCUCAUGCCACAGAUAUCUAUUCCCGCUCUGCUGUUCUGCUGAAAGAGAGUUCUUGGAACGGUAGUGUUGGGGAAAAACUAAGAGAUGUCAUUUACGUCUCUGCAGCAGGAAGCAUGCUUUGCCAAAUUGCCAAUUCCUUGCUGUUGCUGCCUGUAUCGGUAGCCCGGCCUUUAUUGAGCUACCUAUUGGAUCUGUUGCCACCUCUGGAUCGCCUCAAUAGACUGUUGCCAGCCGCGGUGCUUUUAGAGGAUCAGGAGUUACAGUGGCCUCUUCAUGGUGGGCCUGAACUGGUUGAUCCAGCUGGAGUGCCCUUACCACAACCUGCACAGUCAUGGGUGUGGCUUGUUGACCUUGAGAGAACCGUGGCUCUGCUUAUUGGACGCUGUCUUGGUGGAAUGCUUCAAGGAUCUCCUGUGUCACCUGAGGAGCAAGAUACUGCUUAUUGGUUGAAAACACCACUAUUUAGUGAUGGAGUAGAAAUGGAUAUUCCACAGUUAGACAAGUCCAUGAGUUCCCUGUUAGAGGUAGCCCUCUCUGGAAAUGAAGAGCAAAAGCCAUUUGAUUACAAGCUGCGCCCUGAAAUCUCAGUCUUCGUUGAUUUGGCUUUGGGAUGUGCAAAGGAGCCUGCUCGUAGCCUCUGGGUCAGCAUGCAAGACUAUGCGGUUAGUAAAGAUUGGGAUAGUGCCACCUUGAGCAGCGAAUCGCUUUUGGAUACCGUCUCUAGAUUUGUUCUUGCUGCCCUCCUGAAGCAUACAAAUUUACUUAGUCAAGCAAGCGGUGAGAGCAGGUAUCAGCCUGGCAAAGCCCUAGUAGAAGUUUAUCGAUGUGUGUAUAAAGUUCGAAGUCGUUUGCUGGCUUGCAAGAAUAUGGAACUUAUUCAGAUGAGGUCAUCCUCAAGGGAUAGAUGGAUGUCAGAAAACCCAGAAUCUUCAGAAAUGGAUGCCCAAGAACACACCUUUACCCGAACCAUUGAUGAGGAAGCAGAGAUGGAAGAGCAGGCAGAAAGAGAAAGAGAAGAGGGGCACCCGGAACAGGAAGAGGAAGAGGAAGAAAGAGAACAUGAAGUUAUGACAGCUGGGAAAAUCUUUCAAUGUUUCCUAUCAGCCCGUGAAGUAGCGCGCAGUCGAGAUCGAGAGAGAAUAAAUGGUGGGGCAGGGGCUCGAGAUGAUGCCCAGCCCCCUCAGUCCCAGCAAGAACGGCGUGUCAGCAGAGACCUUCCUGAGGGACAAGAUGUUUACACCGCUGCAUGCAACUCGGUGAUCCAUAGGUGUGCCUUGCUGAUCUUGGGGGUCAGCCCUGUGAUCGAGGAGCUGCAGAAACGAAGAGAGGAAGGGCAGUUCCAGCAGCCGUCAACUGGGACUCCGGAAGGAAUUGGACUCAUGACCAGAAGUGAAAGCCUUACUGCAGAGAGUCGCUCAGUCUACUCCGCUUCAAGUUACAAAUUGAUGAAAUCACGGAGUGAAUCUGAUUUAUCUCAGCCUGAAUCAGAUGAAGAAGGUUACUCACUGAGCGGAAGGCGAAAUGUGGAUUUGGACUUGGCAUUGUCCCAUAGAAAGAGAGGAGUGCUUCACAGCCCACUGGAAGCACUAAGUGAUUCAUGGACUCGGCUGAAACACAGAGAUUGGCUCUAUAGCUCAACGUGCUUGUUUGGGGAGUCUGACUUUGACUUCACAAAGUCUGUUGGAGUUCAUACUCUGAUUGAAAAUGUUAGUAGCUUUGUAAGUGGAGACGUGGGAAGCUCUCCCGGCUUUAAGGAGCCUGAAGAAAGUAUGUCAACGAGCCCCCAGGCCUAUAUUCUUGCAAUGGAGCAGCAGCAGCAGAGGGCAGAGCUGCGGCUGGAGGCACUUCAUCAGAUCCUGGUGUUGCUUUCUGGGAUGGAAGAAAAAGGCAGCACUCCUUCUGCAGGAAGCCGCCAAGGGCCAGGGUUUCAGUCUUCCUCCCUCCUCACAUCUGUGCGGCUGCAGUUCCUAGCUGGGUGCUUUGGCUUGGGUACUGUAGGGCAUGCAGGCUCCAAAGGAGAGAGCAUCCGUUUACAUCACUAUCAGGAUGGCAUCAGGGCAGGUAAGAGGAAUAUCCAGGCUGAAAUUCAAGUGGCUGUGCAUAAGAUCUAUCAGCAAUUAUCUGCAACUUUGGAAAGAGCCCUCCAAACAAAUAAACAUCACAUAGAGGCACAGCAGCGUCUCCUGUUGGUUACUGUCUUUGCCCUGAGUGUUCACUACCAGCCAGUGGAUGUCUCCUUGGCCAUUUCCACCGGCUUGUUAAAUGUCCUGUCCCAGUUAUGUGGAACAGACACCAUGCUUGGUCAGCCGCUGCAGCUUUUACCAAAAAGUGGCAUUUCCCAGCUCAGCACAGCUUUAAAAGUAGCCAGCACUAGAUUACUUCAGAUCCUUGCCAUCACCACAGGAACCUAUGCAGAUAAACUGAGUCCCAAAGUGGUCCAGUCUUUGCUGGAUCUGCUGUGUAGUCAGCUGAAAAACCUGUUGUCACAAGCUGGCGUGAUGCUUAUGGCUUCAUUUGGAGAAAAAGAAGAUGGUGAGGAGGAGGAAGAGGAGGAAGGAAAAAAGGCAGGGUUAAAUGGAGACAGUGAGAAGAAAGACUUCAGAGUGGCUCUUCGAAAACAACAUGCUGCAGAGUUGCAUCUAGGAGAUUUCUUAGUGUUUCUUAGAAGGGUGGUUUCUUCAAAAGCCAUUCAGUCGAAAAUGGCUUCACCAAAGUGGACAGAGGUGCUCCUGAACAUAGCUUCUCAGAAGUGUUGUUCAGGUGUACCUUUGGUUGGCAACUUGAGGACCAGGCUGCUUGCGUUACAUGUUCUGGAAGCCGUGUUGCCUGCUUGUGAAUCGGGUGUGGAGGAUGACCAGAUGGCUCAGGUUAUUGAACGACUAUUCUCACUUUUGUCUGACUGUAUGUGGGAGAGUCCAGUUGCACAAGCGAAGCACAUAAUUCAGAUCGAGAAAGGACAAGAAAUGAAGCUGCAGAAACAGGGUGAAUCUGAAGAGGAAGAUGAGAAUCUUCCUAUACAGGAAGUGUCCUUUGACCCUGAGAAGGCCCAGUGCUGCUUAGUAGAGAAUGGCCAGAUCUUAACUCACGGGAGUGGUGGAAAAGGAUAUGGGUUAGCAUCUGCUGGAGUCACUUCUGGGUGCUACCAAUGGAAGUUCUAUAUAGUGAAGGAAAAUCGAGGCAAUGAAGGGACAUGUGUUGGAAUGUCUCGUUGGCCAGUUCACGAUUUUAACCAUCGCACUACCUCAGAUAUGUGGCUGUACAGAGCAUAUAGUGGCAAUCUGUAUCACAAUGGGGAACAGACGCUGACACUGACCAGUUUUACUCAAGGGGACUUCAUAACGUGCGUCUUGGAUAUGGAAGCAAGAACUAUCUCCUUUGGUAAAAAUGGAGAGGAACCAAAACUGGCUUUUGAAGAUGUGGAUGCUGCAGAAUUAUACCCUUGUGUGAUGUUUUAUAGCAGUAAUCCUGGAGAAAAGGUAAAAAUCUGUGACAUGCAGAUGCGUGGCACCCCGAGGGAUUUGCUGCCAGGGGACCCCAUUUGCAGCCCUGUUGCUGCUGUGCUUGCAGAGGCCACCAUUCAGCUGAUCCGCAUCCUCCACCGAACAGACCGGUGGACACACUGCAUCAACAAGAAAAUGAUGGAGCGGUUGCACAAGAUCAAAACGUGCCUGAAAGAAGCAGGUCAGAAACUGAAGAAAAGCCGCUCUGUUCAAAGCAGAGAGGAGAAUGACGCACGAGAGGAGAAGGAGAGCAAGGAGGAGGAGAAGGGCAAGCACAGCAGCCGGCAUGGGCUGGCUGAUCUUCCAGAGCUCCAGCUGAAGACUCUGUGUGUGGAGGUGUGGCCAGUCCUGGCAGUGAUUGGUGGAGUUGAUGCUGGACUAAGAGUUGGAGGCCGCUGUGUUCACAGGCAAACUGGGCGGCACGCCACCUUGCUUGGAGUUGUCAAAGAAGGCAGUACGUCUGCCAAGGUGCAGUGGGACGAAGCUGAGAUUACAAUCAGCUUCCCAACUUUUUGGUCGCCUAGUGACACGCCAUUGUAUAAUCUGGAACCUUGUGAGCCGCUGCCUUUUGACGUUGCGAGAUUUCGUGGACUGACAGCCACGGUGUUGCUGGACCUCACUUAUCUGACUGGCAUCCAUGAAGAUGUGGGGAAGUCAAGUGCCAAGCAGAGACAUGAGAAAAAGCACAAGCAUGACACAGAAGACAAAGGAGAUGUUGACCAGAAAACCGAAGGCGACUCUGGAUCAGAUGCCCGGUCGGUGCCAAGUGCUGAGGAGAUCAAAGUCCAUAGUGCUACAGGUUCAAAAUCUGACAACGAAAUUGCUUCCUUUUCCUUAGAAUCUGUUUCCUUAGGCAUGGAGUGCCAGCAUCCAAAUGCUGAAGGCAAAAAGAAGAAUCACGAACAUGCCUCCAAGAAUCAUGAUGUUGUACAGUCGGAAAUCAGAGCAGUGCAGUUAUCUUAUAUUUACCUUGGUGCUAUGAAAUCGCUUAGCACUCUCCUUAGUUGUAGCAAAUAUGCUGAAUUGUUACUGAUACCAAAAGUCCUGGCAGAGAGUGGCCAUAAUUCUGAUUGUGCAAGUUCUCCCAUUGUUCAUGAAGAUGUGGAAAUGCGCGCUGCUUUGCAGUUCUUGAUGCGCCAUAUGGUGAAACGGGCAGUCAUGCGCUCGCCCAUCAAGAGGGCAUUAGGACUGGCAGAUUUGGAACGGGCGCAAGCAAUGAUCUACAAAUUAGUGGUUCACGGGCUGUUGGAGGACCAGUGUGGUGGCAAAAUGAAGCAAGAAGUGGACCAGCAAAUAGAAGAAAGCGAUCAAGCUCAGCAGGCCCAGACGCCUGUGACGACGAGUCCUUCUGCCUCCAGCACGACCUCUUUCAUGAGCAGCUCUCUGGAAGACACGACAACGGCCACCACUCCCGUAACGGAUACAGAAACGGUGCCUGCCUCUGAAUCCCCUGGUGUUUUGCCUCUUAGCCUUCUUAGGCAAAUGUUCUCCAGUUACCCAACUACUACUGUACUUCCAACAAGACGUGCACAAACACCUCCAAUAUCCUCUUUGCCAACAUCUCCCUCUGAUGAGGUUGGCAGGAGACAAUCACUUACCUCUCCUGAUUCUCAGUCUGCAAGACCUGCCAAUCGGACAGCUUUGUCGGACCCAAGCAGCCGCCUUUCAACUUCCCCUCCUCCACCAGCUAUUGCUGUGCCAUUGUUAGAAAUGGGCUUCUCAUUACGGCAGAUUGCAAAAGCAAUGGAAGCCACAGGUGCAAGAGGAGAAGCAGAUGCGCAAAACAUUACAGUCUUGGCAAUGUGGAUGAUAGAGCAUCCUGGGAACGAGGAGGAUGAAGAACCUCAGUCAGAAGAAGCAGCCGAUUCCCGCCACGCCCCUGUGGUCUCUGGGGACAGUGGGAAGUCGAGCGAUCAGUGUUUUUUGCAGACUCCUGGAGACAUCCCUUCUGCUGAUGCCACUGAAAUGGAGGAAGGCUUUAGUGAAAGCCACGAUAAUAUGGAACAUGCGGAAAAUGCAGCAUCUGGAAGUGGACCCACCUCAAGGGGUCGCUCAGCAGUGACCAGGAGGCACAAAUUUGACUUAGCUGCGCGGACACUGCUGGCCCGUGCUGCGGGCUUGUACCGCUCUGUACAGGCACACAGGAAUCAGAGCCGGAGAGAAGGGAUCUCCUUGCCACAAGACCCUGGAGCACUGUAUGACUUCAACUUGGAUGAAGAGUUAGAAAUUGACUUGGAUGAUGAAGCCAUGGAAGCCAUGUUUGGGCAGGACCUUGCCAGUGAUAACGACAUUCUGGGAAUGUGGAUCCCAGAGGUACUGGAUUGGCCUACCUGGCAUGUUUGUGAAUCUGAAGACAGAGAAGAAGUGGUAGUGUGUGAGUUGUGUGAAUCCAGUGUUGUCAGCUUCAAUCAACACAUGAAAAGAAACCACCCUGGCUGUGGGCGCAGUGCAAACCGGCAAGGCUAUCGCAGCAACGGCUCUUAUGUAGAUGGAUGGUUUGGUGGCGAAUGUGGAAGUGGGAAUCCUUACUACCUGCUGUGUGGCAGCUGCCGGGAAAAAUACUUGGCCUUGAAGAGCAAGUCUAAGACAUCUGCUUCGGAAAGAUACAAAGGCCAGGCACCCGAUCUAAUAGGCAAGCAAGACAGUGUCUAUGAAGAAGACUGGGAUAUGUUGGAUGUCGACGAGGACGAAAAACUGACGGGCGAAGAGGAAUUCGAACUGUUGGCUGGACCCCUCGGAUUGAACGAUCGCCGCAUUGUGCCUGAGCCCGUUCAGUUCCCCGAUAGUGAUCCACUGGGAGCCUCCAUUGCCAUGGUUACAGCCACCAACAGUAUGGAGGAAACACUAAUGCAAAUAGGCUGCCAUGGCUCCGUAGAGAAAAGUUCUUCUGGCAGAAUCACCCUGGGAGAGCAAGCCGCUGCUCUGGUAAAUCCACAUGACCGUGUGAUGGCUUUAAGGAGGGUGACAGCAGCCGCUCAAGUUCUUCUGGCAAGAACAAUGGUCAUGAGAGCCCUCUCGCUUCUUUCUGUCAGUGGGUCUAGUUGCAGUCUUGCAGCUGGGCUUGAGUCUUUGGGCUUAACUGAUAUCCGGACCUUGGUCCGACUGAUGUGUCUGGCUGCAGCGGGGAGAGCAGGCCUCUCUACGAGUCCCUGUACUGUAUCCGGUUCCUCCGAGAGAUCUCGAGGAGUACAUAACAAAAUGAGCAAGCCCAUUUCCUGCCUGGCCUAUCUGAGCACAGCCGUUGGUUGUUUGGCUUCAAAUACUCCAAGUGCUGCAAAACUGCUGGUUCAACUGUGUACUCAGAACUUGAUUUCAGCAGCAACUGGUGUCAAUUUGACUACAGUGGAUGAUCCAGUGCAACGAAAAUUCCUGCCAAGCUUUCUGCGAGGAAUCGCAGAAGAGAAUAAGCUUGUAACAUCACCCAACUUUGUUGUGACUCAAGCGCUUGUAGCCUUGUUGGCAGACAAAGGGGCCAAACUGAGACCAAAUUAUGAUAAAGCAGAAGUUGAAAAGAAAGGUAUUAUUGCCCAUUUGUAUGCCCAUCCUUCCUGUGAUCCUUCUGCUGUAGGCCCUCUGGAGCUGGCUAACGCACUAGCAGCUUGCUGCCUUUCUUCAAGGUUGUCCUCGCAACACAGGCAGUGGGCUGCUCAGCAGCUGGUGCGGACUCUUGCAGCUCAUGAUCGUGAUAACCAAACCAGCCCCCAGACUCUUGCAGAUAUGGGCGGGGAUCUGCGCAAAUGCUCCUUCAUCAAGCUGGAGGCUCAUCAGAACAGGGUAAUGACAUGUGUGUGGUGCAACAAAAAAGGACUUUUAGCAACAAGUGGCAAUGACGGAACAAUUCGGGUGUGGAAUGUUACGAAGAAGCAGUACUCAUUGCAACAAACAUGUGUGUUCAACAAAUUGGAAGGGGAUGCAGAGGAGAACUUGGGGUCCCCCAGCGACCCUAGCGUAUCUCUUGCCUGUUGGAGUGUCAGUGGCAAGUACCUGGCUGGAGCACUGGAGAAGAUGGUGAACAUAUGGCAAGUCAAUGGAGGAAAAGGACUCUUGGAUAUUCAGCCUCAUUGGGUGUCUGCUCUAACAUGGCCAGAAGAAGGGCCAACUACAGCCUGGACAGGAGAAGCUCCAGAAUCACUGCUUGUAGGCCGUAUGGAUGGCUCUCUUGGGCUGAUUGAAGUUUUAGAUGUUUCUGCCAUGCACAGAGUCGAACUGGAACACUGCUACAGGAAGGAUGUGUCUGUUACCUGCCUUGCCUGGUUUAGCGAAGACAAACCUUUUGCAAUAGGCUAUUUGGAUGGGAAAUUGCUGAUAGGCACAAAAGAGCCACUUGAGAAAGGAGGAAUUGUUUUAGUUGAUGCGCACAAGGACACCAUCGUUAGCAUGAAAUGGGAUCCGACGGGUAAGAUCCUCAUGACGUGCGCCAAGGAGGAGUCAGUCAAGCUUUGGGGGCAUAUGGGGAGUUGCUGGCGACAGCUGUAUUCUCUUCCUCACCAGGCUGUUGUGAACACCAUCGCCUGGUGCAGCCUUCCAGGGAAAGGCCCAAAGGCACAGCUUUUGCUAGCUACAGGAUGCGAGAAUGGUUUGCUUUGUGUUUGGACUGUUCCCCAAGAUGAGCUGAUCUUGCUGCAGUCCAGCCUGAGUUCAGAAGGAUGGUGGGAUGAGGAGUCCAGUGGCAAGGAUGCAUACAGGAAAAUAGCAGAAACGAAGUGCAUUUAUCAGCUGAAAGGGCAUAUUACGCCUGUUCGGACAGUGACCUUCAGUUCUGAUGGGCUAACCUUAGUAUCAGGUGGACUCGGUGGGCUUAUGAACAUUUGGUCUUUACGGGAUGGUUCUGUUUUACAGAGUGUUGUCAUUAGUUCUGGAGCCAUUCAGACAACUGUAUGGAUCCCUGAGGUUGGAGUAGCUGCUUGUUCUAGUAGAUCAAAGGAUGUGUUGGUGGUGAAUUGUACGUCAGAAUGGAUAUCUUCUAACCAUAUCCUUGCAACGUGUAGGACUGCUUUGAAACAACAGGGUAUUCUUGGAUUAAACAUGGCCCCUUGCAUGAGGGCUUUCCUAGAACGUCUGCCCAUAAUGCUUCAGGAACAGUAUGCUUAUGAAAAGCCCCAUGUAGUUUGUGGAGACCAGCUUGUUCAUAGUCCCUACAUGCAGUGCUUGGCCUCACUGGCUGUGGGACUUCACCUAGAUCAGCUCCUGUGCAAUCCACCAGUCGCGCCUCAUCAUCAGAACUGCCUCCCUGAUCCUUUGACCUGGAACCCAACCGAGUGGGCCUGGCUGGAGUGCUUCUCCACAACAAUCAAAGCUGCUGAAGCUCUGGCCAAGGGAGCCACCUUCCCAGAAUCCUUCACAGUCCCAGAUCUGGAGCCUGUGCCAGAGGAUGAACUUGUCCUCCUCAUGGAUAACUGCAAGUGGAUCAAUGGGAUGGAUGAACAGAUUAUGUCCUGGGCAACGUCACGGCCUGAGGACUGGCACCUUGGUGGCAAAUGUGACGUGUACCUGUGGGGAGCUGGGAGGCAUGGGCAGCUGGCGGAGGCUGGGAGGAACGUCAUGGUCCCUGUAUCGGCACCAUCAUUCUCACAAGCUCAGCAGGUCAUUUGUGGCCAGAACUGUACAUUUGUGAUUCAAGCUAAUGGAACAGUUUUGGCUUGCGGAGAAGGAAGUUAUGGUCGUUUGGGGCAAGGAAACUCAGACGAUCUUCACGUUCUCACAGUUAUUUCAGCACUGCAAGGUUUUGUGGUAACCCAGCUGGUGACAUCUUGUGGAUCUGAUGGGCAUUCCAUGGCUUUGACAGAGAGCGGCGAAGUGUUCAGCUGGGGGGACGGAGAUUAUGGCAAACUGGGCCAUGGAAACAGCGACCGGCAGCGCCGACCCCGACAGAUAGAGGCUUUGCAAGGAGAGGAAGUCGUGCAGAUGUCCUGUGGCUUCAAGCAUUCAGCAGUGGUGACUGCAGAUGGCAAACUGUUUACGUUUGGAAAUGGGGAUUAUGGCCGGUUGGGAUUAGGAAACACAUCCAAUAAGAAGCUUCCUGAAAGAGUGACGGCACUAGAAGGCUAUCAGAUUGGAGAGGUUGCCUGUGGGCUAAACCACACCAUAGUAGUGUCCACAGAUGGCUCAAUGGUUUGGGCUUUUGGUGAUGGGGACUAUGGAAAGCUGGGCUUGGGAAACUCAACUGCAAAAUCCUCACCACAGAAAGUAGAUAUUCUCUGUGGUAUUGGCAUCAAAAAAGUUUCCUGUGGGACCCAGUUUUCAGUUGCAUUGACAAAAGAUGGGCAUGUUUACACAUUUGGGCAAGACCGGCUGAUAGGCUUGCCAGAAGGAAGGGCCCGCAACCAUAAUCGCCCACAGCAAGUUCCUGCCCUGUCAGGAAUCUUUAUUGAAGAUGUUGCUGUUGGAGCAGAGCACACCCUUGCUCUGUCCGCUUCUGGUGAUGUCUAUGCCUGGGGGAGCAACUCAGAAGGUCAGCUUGGAUUGGGCCAUACCAACCAUGUCCGAGAGCCAACUCUGAUUACUUUCUUGCAAGGAAAGAGUGUCCGACAGAUUUCAGCAGGGCGAUGCCAUAGUGCUGCUUGGACUGCUCCACCUGUUCCCCCACGAGCCCCAGGUGUGUCAGUGCCAUUGCAACUGGGCUUACCAGAUGCCGUCCCACCGCAGUACGGGGCCCUGAAGGAAGUGAGCAUCCACACCGUCAGAGCAAGGCUGAGGCUGCUUUACCAUUUUUCAGACCUCAUGUACUCUUCGUGGAGGCUGCUGAAUCUCAGUCCCAAUAACCAGAACAGCACAUCCCAUUACAAUGCUGGGACGUGGGGGAUUGUUGAAGGACAGCUGAGGCCGUUACUUGCGCCAAGAGUCUACACCCUCCCCAUGGUCCGUUCCAUUGGAAAAACGAUGGUUCAGGGGAAAAACUAUGGGCCACAGAUAACCGUCAAAAGGAUCUCAACCAGAGGUCGGAAAUGUAAACCUAUAUUUGUUCAAAUUGCAAGACAAGUUGUGAAGCUAAACGCGUCAGACCUUCGCCUGCCCUCUCGUGCCUGGAAAGUGAAAUUAGUGGGGGAAGGUGCUGACGAUGCAGGGGGAGUCUUUGAUGACACAAUUACAGAAAUGUGCCAGGAACUUGAAACUGGUGUCGUAGACCUCCUGAUUCCUUCCCCAAACGCAACAGCUGAAGUUGGCUACAACAGAGAUCGGUUCCUCUUCAACCCUUCCGCUUGCUUAGAUGAACAUUUGAUGCAGUUCAAGUUUCUGGGCAUUCUGAUGGGUGUGGCAAUUCGUACCAAGAAGCCUUUAGAUCUUCAUUUGGCUCCCAUGGUUUGGAAGCAACUGUGCUGUAUCCCACUCACUCUGGAGGACUUGGAGGAGGUGGAUCUUCUCUAUGUGCAAACCCUCAACAGCAUUCUUCACAUUGAAGACAGUGGGAUCACAGAAGACAAUUUCCAUGAGAUGAUUCCUCUAGAUUCUUUUGUUGGCCAGAGUGCUGAUGGAAAAAUGGUUCCCAUAAUUCCUGGUGGGAACAGCAUCCCACUCACUUUUUCAAACAGAAAGGAGUAUGUGGAAAGGGCCAUCGAGUACAGACUCCAUGAAAUUGACCGUCAGGUGGCAGCAGUCCGAGAAGGCAUGUCGUGGGUUGUCCCAGUCCCAUUGCUUUCCCUUCUGACCGCCAAGCAGUUGGAGCAGAUGGUCUGCGGCAUGCCAGAAAUUUCUGUGGAAGUUCUGAAGAAGGUUGUACGGUACAGAGAGGUUGAUGAGCAGCACCAGCUUGUGCAGUGGUUCUGGCAUACUCUAGAGGAGUUUUCGAAUGAGGAGCGUGUCCUUUUCAUGAGGUUUGUGUCGGGAAGAUCUCGCCUGCCAGCUAAUACAGCGGAUAUCUCUCAGCGUUUCCAAAUAAUGAAGGUUGAUAGGCCUUACGACAGCUUGCCUACCUCACAGACUUGUUUCUUUCAACUGAGGCUCCCACCCUAUUCCAGUCAGCUAAUCAUGGCCGAGCGUUUGCGCUAUGCAAUCAACAAUUGCAGGUCUAUAGAUAUGGACAAUUACAUGCUGUCCAGAAAUGUGGACAAUGCUGAGGGCUCAGACACAGAUUAUUAAUGCUGUGGACAAAAACCAUCUUCCUUUUUCACAGGCGGUGCCCAUGUCAGAUUUCAAUGUUGACACCAUUUUAUGGUAACAGUAGACGUUUUAGGAACAUAAACAGUUGCCACCUUUUUAGUUACUGUAAAUGUAACAAAAGUUAGAUGUGUUUAUUUUUUGUGACUGUAAACAAAAAAAAAAGGCAGAAAGUGAGAUCAGGAAGGGGUUUCCUUCCCCAGCCCACCCCAUUUUUGUUCACUUUUGAUAAGUUUGCAUGGAGCCUUUCUGGUGCAUUUUUGUUGGGAAUGGUACAUUUGUAAGCCCUUCCAGUGAACAUGAAGAGUUGUACAUUGUGUAUAAUUGUUCAUUAGAAAGGACAGUUUUACAUGAAUAUCAUAUAUUUAUUUUUGUUUUAAUUUGAAAUGCCUGUGCAGGGUUCCUUAUGCAGAGAAAAUAAAGCAAAUUCAAGAA